UUUAAAUUUGAGCCGAAUUUUGAGUGGGUUCUCCUCUCCUGUUUCUCUCCAAGAGCAAAGAUAUAAUUUUUCUAGGAAAAAAACUAUCUUUCAACUCGUCGUCUGUUCAAAGUAGCAGAAGGUCAUCUCCGUACAGAGCUCGUCUUACUCGUCUGUCUGAAGCCCAGAGAGAGAGAGAGAGAGAGAGAUUGAGAGGGCCUUUACGAAGGAAGAAAGAGAUGGCAAUUGCCGGCCCUGGGCAACUCAAUCUCAACGAGUCCCCUUCCUGGGGAUCCCGAAGUGUCGACUGUUUCGAGAAAUUGGAACAAAUUGGGGAAGGAACAUAUGGUCAAGUGUACAUGGCUAGAGAAAUUAGAACUGGUGAAAUUGUUGCGCUGAAGAAAAUACGAAUGGACAAUGAAAGAGAGGGGUUUCCCAUCACUGCCAUACGUGAAAUCAAAAUUCUAAAGAAGCUGCAUCAUGAAAAUGUUAUUAAGUUAAAAGAGAUUGUAACAUCUCCAGGUCCUGAAAAGGAUGAGCAAGGGAGGCAAGAUGGUAAUAAAUAUAAAGGUGGGAUCUACAUGGUGUUUGAAUAUAUGGACCAUGAUUUGACCGGUCUUGCUGAUCGACCUGGGAUGAGAUUUUCAGUGCCCCAGAUAAAGUGCUAUAUGAGGCAACUUUUAACAGGGCUGCACUAUUGUCAUGUAAAUCAAGUUCUGCACCGUGACAUUAAAGGCUCUAAUCUUCUAAUUGACAAUGAGGGGACUUUAAAGCUUGCUGAUUUUGGGCUUGCCCGGUCAUUUUCAAAUGACCACAAUGGGAAUCUCACUAAUCGUGUAAUCACAUUAUGGUAUAGACCACCAGAGUUGCUGCUUGGGGCAACAAAAUAUGGGCCAGCUGUCGAUAUGUGGUCGGUUGGUUGUAUAUUUGCUGAGCUUCUGCAUGGAAAGCCCAUCUUUCCUGGGAAAGACGAACCUGAGCAAUUAAAUAAGAUUUUUGAGCUUUGCGGAGCUCCAGAUGAGGUCAACUGGCCUGGAGUCUCGAAGAUUCCUUGGUAUAACAAUUUCAAGCCAACAAGACCGAUGAAGAGGCGCCUAAGGGAGGUCUUCAGACACUUUGACCGUCACGCUUUGGAGUUACUAGAGAGGAUGCUGACCCUUGAUCCAUCCCAGAGAAUAUGUGCCAAGGAUGCACUGGACGCUGAGUACUUCUGGACUGAUCCGUUACCUUGCGAUCCUAAGAGCUUACCAAAAUAUGAAGCAUCACACGAGUUUCAGACGAAGAAAAAACGUCAGCAGCAACGGCAACAUGAAGAAACAGCAAAACGCCAGAAACUACAACAUCCACAGCAGCAUACCCGACUUCCACCCAUUCAGCAAUCUGGGCAAGCACAUGGUCAGAUGCGGUCAGGACCUAACCAGCCCAUGCAUGGCUCCCAACCACCAGUUGCUGCAGGACCAGGCCACCAUUACGGGAAGCCUCGAGGACCAUCUGGAGGGCCGAACAGAUACCCACCGGGUGGAAACCCAAGCGGGGGAUACAACCACCCUAACCGUGGAGGUCAAGGUGGUGGUGGAGGUUAUGGUAGUGGCCCAUAUCCACAGCAAGGGCGUGGCCCACCCUAUGGUUCCAGUAAUAUGCCUGGUCCAGGUCCCCGGGGUGGUGGCAGUGGUUACGGAGUAGGUGCACCAAAUUAUCCCCAAGGUGCACCAUAUGGUGGCUCCGGUGCUGGUCGGGGAGGCUCAAAUAUGAUGGGUGGGAACCGUAAUCAGCACAAUCAGCAGUAUGGCUGGCAGCAGUAAUGGGUUGAUGGUGGAAAUUGGUUUUGUGCUUCCAAAGAUGGCCUAUAUCUUGGAUUGACAGGAGAAACAAAAAUAAAAUAUAAAGUAAAAGAGAUCAUUUU